AAGCACCCUAACCUGCAUGUUAUUCUAUCAAUGCUAAUCUUGGAUCCACCAUGCUGGACUAAUUCAAAAGGAGUCUAGUGGUCUUCUCUCUCUCACCCACUUGAAAGAAAAACCUCUCAUGUAUGGACUCUUAAUUUUUUGCUAGAACAGUAAGAAAUGUUAACUUUGACUAAAGAUUGUGUUCAGAAAAAGGAAGCAGCUUUAUAUUUGUAGCUUAGCAGAGCAGAGAGUUAGGUGAUUGUAGGUUUCCUAAAAAAAAGUUCAGCCAAUCCUAAAUACUUGUCACUGAGGCAUGCGCCUACUGCAGCAUUUAUGGUUAUUAAGACAUUUUAUAAAUGUUCGUUCAGAGAAAAUUGAUUUACGCUCGAUUCAACUUUUAAAGAUCAAGACAUACAAUGAAGGUCUAUUCCUCCAUCCACUCAUUUCAGAGGAGUACAAAAGCCUGGUAAUGUGGUUAUAUGUUAGCAUGUGUAACAGGAAGAUAAAGUGCAUCAGGAGUAAUUAUGAGCCAUGUGGUACAAAAAGAGGGGAAGAGGAGAAUGAGGAAGUCUAUGAUUAAGUCUAUUACUGGUACAUAAAAAGAAACGGAAAGAAUUAGACUUCAGAUGAAUUUUAAACUGAGAGCCACAAAAGUCACUGAGCAGAAGUUCUCAAAGGAACAGGGUAAAAGUGUAAUAAUAUUAAAGAGAACCAAAUCCUAUGAUUUUCGCUGGAGUCAAAUGGAAUUUUACAUGUAAAGAUUGCAGAAUUAGGCCCAGAGUUUGCAAAACAACUUAGUGAAAAGCUCUGAGCACAAUACUAAUUUUUUAGCUGUAACAUGCAAGUCUUAACAAAAAUUUGAUACUUUCACAAGAGUUAAAUUAAUACAACAUGCCAUGAGCCUCAGAGUUAACUCUCAUGUACUGUAUGUUUGGACAAAGAAUAUUGAUUGACAAAUACAUUUACAAUGCCAUAACCUUCAAGUGAAAUAAUGGUUUCUGCAAAGAUGAGACUUUGUGGAAUUUUAUAACGGAUCUUUCCCAAGAGAAUUCUUCUGUGUGCUAUAUAGCAAAACCAUAUGUGACAGAAUAUAACUUAUUUAUAUGUAAGCAGAUCUGGAGAAUUGCAUCUUUAAAAUGAUUGCAAAUGUCAAGAAUUUGAACCAAGAAACAAAUUCUAAUAGGACUCCUGAAUAUUGGAUUAGCAUGAAAAGUCCAUAUUUAAGAUCAAUCAAAAAGAGACUCAAAAUAGAAGCAGUCUGUAUUAUGAAGCCAGAUUUUCCAUAAAGUGGAUUCUUCAAAGAUUCUAGGAAGAAAUUAUACAACAUUUAAAUAAAAGCUACUUUAGUUUGGAAAAAAAAAAGUCAGUCAGAAAAGGGAGUCCGUUCUUUAAAAAGUAGCUCUACUCUGAAAGGGGGGUUCCUAUAAAAUAUGGUGCCUUGGGAUUCAAAGUUUAUUGUCCCAUAACAACGUAAAUAUGUAAUUCACUCAGUUUAAAAGUAAAGAUGUUUUUCUAACUGCCAGCUCUGAAAAGUCAAGCUGAAAUUCAAUUCAACUGUAUUCUUUCUGGCUCACGGAUCAACAUCAGCAAUAAAGAUUCUGCUGGCCAAUUCUGCCUUAAGUUUCACCUGAGCCGCCCUUUUAUCAAUAAUGGGGUAGCAGAACAUGGCCCUGUAUUUGGAUCUUCAUUCACUAUUUUGAUGAGGACAUAUGAUCCAGAAAAGAAUUUAGCACACUGAAUAUUUUGUUUCAUAGGGAUAAGCUGCCAGAUGCUGAAAUCAGCUGCCCAGAACAUUUCAGCAAAGAAGGGAACAGUUUAUAAUUCUAAGAUUGCAGGCUCUUUGGAGCAAGGAGUGUGCAUCUGUAUGUGCCGCACAGAGCGCAUCGUUAGCACAUAAUACAAAAAUAGAUAAAAGACUGCAAAGCAUUUUUUAAAAUUUUUGUUGACAAUAAAAAACAUUAAGUUUUACAUCUACAUUUUGUUCACUGACAGAGGAAAAACUAAGAUAAAAAUAGCUACAUAAGAUGCCAGAAACAAUGUGUCAGAAGGAAAAGCUUUAUAAAAAUUACGGAUUUUAAAAGGCAUGUAUUCUAUAAUCAAAUUAAAAACUAAUAGCAUAAAGCUAUACAUUGAUUGUUUGAGGGAAAUUUAAAUAAAGUCUCACUGAGGAUAUUUGUAUAAAUCCCGAACAGUACUAUUCUGUAGCUGAUAGGAUACACUGACAAUCUCAUCUUACAAGUGGAAAAUUAAUUUUUAUAUAUAUUUCCAAUUUUAAAGUAUUAUGAAAGACUUUGGCUGUCUAGCUUAAGAAGGCUGAAGCAGAGGAAGCUAGAGUUAAACUGUAAAGUCAUUAUUACAAAAGUGUAGAUUAAAAUGAAGGUGCCAAGAACACAGCAGAUAUGAACAGCAGUUGUAAAUAGACUUUUAGGGGGAAUCAGCAAUUAAGCAAAACUGAGCUACAGAAAUUCUACUGGAUGUUUUUUAUGUAGUCAGACUUACAGGUUUUAUUUUGAUGGAGCCACAUCUUGAAAAAUAUGCAUAUAGAGAAGUUUAGUAACUCAAUUAAAAACCUAUUUUGUGGAGCAUGCACCCCUUGCAAUAAAUUUGAGUCAGCACCAACAGCAGCUCUGCAGUCCUCCGAUGUAGUGCUGAUCAGGUGGUUGCAGAGCCCCUGCUAACAGCAAUAUGAUGCAGCUGAAGAGGAAAGCACAAUCCACAGAGAGGAACUGUAGCUAUUCUCUAAAACAAGGCGACCUUUAAGCAUAAAUCUUUCAGAGAAAUGAUGCACUGAUACUCCAGAAGGAACUGUGGCAAAAUGGAAUACCAGAUAUUGAAAACACGUCCUUGUCUACUGGUCCUUCUGAUUUUUAUUCCCACUGUUCUGUGCAUUUGCCCUUCUAAAUGUACGUGCUCAGGAAACAACAGAAAUGUGGACUGUUCUGGCAGAAACUUGACUACGCUGCCACAUGAAUUUCAAGACAACAUUACAUAUUUAAAUCUGUCUUUUAACCACUUUGUUAAUCUUGACCAUCAGCUGACCCGGUUCACCAAUUUGAGGACCCUGGAUAUUUCAAAUAAUUGGCUCAAGAACAUUCCUGCUCAUCUGCCCAAGUCUCUAUGGGAAAUAUACGCCAUGGGUAACAAUAUUAAAGUUCUUCAGAAACUUGAUACAGCUUACCAGUGGAAUCUUAAAGUGCUUGACGUUUCCAGGAAUAUGGUAGAAAGAGCGGUACUUAUCAACAAUACAUUGAGUAGUCUCAAAUUUCUCAAUCUCAGUAGCAACAAACUUUGGACAGUUCCAACCAAUAUGCCCUACAACAUAGAGACGGUGGAUCUAUCAAACAACUUCUUAACACAAAUACUUCCAGGAACACUGGUGAGGCUGCUACACCUUACAAACAUUUACCUGCACAACAACAAGUUCACAUAUAUUCCUGACAAAGCUUUUGAUCGGCUCUUUCAACUACAAGUCAUAACACUUUAUAACAACCCAUGGUCAUGCAAUGAUAAGCAAAAUAUCCCUUACUUGCUAAAGUGGGUAAAGGAAACAGCAGCCAUUGUGAUAGGGGCUCCAUGCCCCAAUCAAACUCUGUCUUGGAUUAAUGCCACACCACUUUUGACUGCUCCCACAGUUACAGACACUAACUUCAUAGGUAAAGGAACAAAGGCAGCAGAUACGAAUGGCUCUCCAAUGGCAAAUGACCCAAUCCAAGUGACAAAAAUACGUGAACAAUUUCGAGCAAAUGAAGUUACAUUAAGUGCUAACUUAAGCCAAACUGUAUUAUUUACAAGCACAGAUAGACCAUUACUCCUCUAUCCAGAAGAUCCGACUCCUCGAAAAAUUAGUUCGCAUGAAGCAGCAGCGACACACACUAUCUACAUUAAAAAUUCAACUGAUGUGAACUCAAGCAUGAUAAGUUCAACAGGAUCAUCCACUACUCCCAUGACCCUAAGUAUUACCAGCAAAAUGCUAACAAACUACUCUAAAAUGCCUCAACAAAGCACAACCGUUACCUUAAGGAAAGAGGAGUCCACCACAAAUAUUUUUAACACUCAUGCGCCCUCCAAAGCAAGCAUUUGUGAGGUGUAUUCAUUCUAUGUUGUAAUGCUUAAUGCAGUGGCAAUUCUGAUUGGCUAAGGGCUUGCAUUUUCUUCUGAAAAUUAACACAUUUACUCCAGCAAUAAAUAGUUGGAGAAAACCACUCAAGUCUAAGAGUGAAUCAAAUACAAGAAAGUCAGUUUUGAAAUUUUGACUCUGCUCUAAAGAAAGUAACCAUUUUAAAAGAAAAAAGUGCACAAUUAAUGUCUUGAUACUAAGCUGCUACUUAUUUUAAUGUCGUAUUGAGUAAAACUAACCUAUCAAAUGCUUUGUUUUUAUGAAAUAUGCUUAUUUUGUAUUUACAUUUUUAAUUUUCCUUGCACAAAAAUAAAACAUCGGAGUUUUAUGUACUGGUUUUAUGUAUGUUUUUGUCAUUAAACAUCUGGAAAAAAUAAAAGGCCUGUAACAUAUCUGCUUUUUCUUGCUUGAUUUGCCAAUCAGCAAUUCUUGUCAUACAGCUGUGCUGAUCCUUUGUAAGUUAAAAUGAUUUGCAAAAGAGGGUGAGGGGGAAUAAAGUAAACAAAAUCUG